AUGACAACUACAGUGCUAUGCAUCGACAACAGACGUAAUGCCGCUAUUUUCAACUUGCAAUUAAUUGCUAUACUGACUAACGGAGUAUUUAUAAGCAACACGACAAGCUUUCAGCUAGCAGAAACAGUUGCAGCGCUUGCUGUGUUGACAACGCUUGAAAUUGCUGGAAUUGUAUGUGGUAUUCUUUUACUCCUUGUCAUGGCUGUAUGUGCAGUAUACGUUUAUCGUAAGAUCCACUUAAAUCAUCAAAUCAACCAACCACUUUCUACACGUAAACUUUAUGUUGAUGAUAUUCCAUUGGUUGAGGCACAAGAAACGGCUAUUAAUUUCUCACUAUUUUCCCAUCGAGCUCGGAGUAACAAUGUAUCAUUAGAGCCGAUUAAAGAAAGUGGAGAAGAUAUCGGUCCGACUGAAUAUGGUAGUGAUGAUAACGAUAUUGAUGAAAAUAGUGAUUCUUUUGAUACACCUCCAGAAGUUGUGGAAGAAAUUAUUGCUCCAGUCUCUAGUAAUCGAAAUAGUCAACCACCCAGUCGUUCAGCAUCUAUAGGAUCCAAGUUAUCAAAAAAAAGUGUAAAUUUCAAUGAGGAAAUAAGAGGUAACGUUACAGUCACUACUGUAGAAAUGAAUGGUGAACUUUACGAAAUCCAUGAAGGAGAAUUUUCCUUUGAUCCAAAUUGUUCAAAUGGAGAUGAUAACAUCGUUGGAAGGCCAAGAAAUAUCGUCAAUGCAAUCAUCAUCACUUACCCAAGAAGAUAUAUCAUUAUCUUUGCCAAGGCCGACAUCAAAUCUUCCAGAGCCACCUUCUUCUUCAGUGGAAGCGAUAUUACCAUCUCCACUACCAUCACCGACUAUGCGAUCAAUACCACAGCCACCCUCUCCAUCAGCAUCAUUGCAACAUUGCCAUUAUCAGAGUCACCUUCAUCAAAUAAUAAGACUGUAGAAACUACUUCGGAAUCACCUACUGAAUCGACAGAUUCUGCAUUAUCGUCUGCGCCUUUGUUACAACAUCAAUCUGCAUCCGAAUAA